AUGGUCAUGGCCGGUGCUAAAGGGAACACCUUUAAUGAGAUCAAGAGUACUCUUGGAUUCAACAUCGACAUGACUGAAAGUCAACUGUACACUUCUUUCAGUACUCUCCUCCGACAGCUUAACAAUUUUACCAGCAGUGCUAAAAGCACUCUCAGGUUGGCCAAUGCAAUCGCCCUGCAGAACGAGUACUCCCUUCUGCCCACCUAUCUUCACAUCGUGAAGAACCGCCUGAUUGCAAACAUCUUUUCAGUCAACUUUAAGGAGGAACCUGAGCAAGCAGUUGAGAAAAUUAACCAGUGGGUCAAUAGAAAGACCAGAGGCAAAAUACCCAAAAUUGUUGACGAUCUAUCUACUAACACCCGAAUGGUGCUACUCAACGCACUCUAUUUCAAAGGCACCUGGAAGACCCCUUUUAAAAAAGACUCUACUAAAGAAAAUGCGUUUUCCUAUGGUGAACAAAAUAAGAAGAAAGUCAACGUGCCAAUGAUGCGGCAACGGUUUGAUGAGCUCAAUUACGCCAGUUUUUAUGGGGGCGAGCUAGUAGAGUUGCCCUACAAAAAUGACUCCUUCAGCAUGCUGCUUUUUCUGCCUAGAACUAUUGACGCUGACUCCGUCAGUUCGAUCUUUUCUCACGCUCUCAAAACGCCCAACUUGUACACUAAGCUAAAAACCCGUGAAGUCAUUCUGACGCUGCCUCGCUUUAAGAUCAAGUCUUCUUUUGAACUAAAGCCUACGCUUCAAGGGAUUGGAAUUGAAACGGCAUUUGAAGAUGGCGCCGAUUUCACUCGAAUCGCUGAAUCGAAUGAUGAUGAAAAUUUACAAUUGUCCAACGUUCUUCACAAGGCUGUGGUGGAGGUCAAUGAAGAAGGUGCUGAGGCAGCAGCAGUGACUGAUGCUGAAAUUGCUUUUUUUUCUGCUGGUCCUUCGUUGCCACCUAUUCAAAUGGACUUUAACCGAUCUUUCCUUUUUGCCAUCCGCUGCAAUCGUCUGCAGCUGACACUUUUUGCUGGCAUUGUCAAUAAGCCCUAA